CCAAAGAAAGAGUAGACGAGAGAGAGGAGGCGAAAUUAGCCAACGCGCGCGUCCAUGGCAACCCAGCCACACCAAUCGUCCAAGAAAUUCCUACAGUGCGAGGCCCCCCCGGCGAAACGGAAGAUGGGGCCGGAGCAGAAGACGAAGAAGGCCGGGGCGCCAGCACUGGCGGGGAAGGAGGCUUUCACGGCGCUCGAGCUCGACGUGGCCGAGCAGCUCAUCCGCCUCAGCGAGAGCAGCGCGUCCUCGGGCGGGUCCUUCUCCUACCUCCGUUCCGUGGACACCCCGACGGCGCCGCCGGCUAAGGGCGCCAUAAUUCCUGGCGGUUGCGUGGACUGGGAGGAAGAUGAGGACGACGAGGUGGCCGGAAGGCAACGGAGGGUGAAGCGCUACCGCCUGAUAAGCGAGAUCUACGCCGCGACGGAGCCAAUUGGAGAGCGCAGCGGCAGCAGCCGGACGAAGGAAUAGAUGAGGAGAAAUGAGAGGGGAG